UCCCCCAAAUGUCAGGACGUACAGAUAUCCCCCAAAUGUCAGGACGUACAGAUAUCCCCCAAAUGUCAGGACAGUACAGAUAUCCCCCAAAUGUCAGAACAGUACAGAUAUCCCCCAAAUGUCAGGACGGUACAGAUAUCCCCCAAAUGUCAGGACAGUACAGAUAUCCCCCAAAUGUCAGGACAGUACAGAUAUCCCCCAAAUGUCAGGACGGUACAGCUUUUGCAGAGUAGACAGUCCGACAUACUUCAUAAGAGGAAUGGCGAGUUUUUUGAAGUUGUAUUUUUUUGUCAUAA